AUGCCAGAAGAUCAAGAAGAUCAUCUUCCCCGGUAUCAGGGUCAGUUAGAUGAAGAGCUAACUCAGAACAAGAUGGAUGGUUAUACUUUCACCGCCGAUUACCUCGGUAACUCCACCAUUUCUAAACCACCAACAGCAUUAAGUAUCAUACAACCGCCAGUUAAAGAUCUGUAUAUAAAAUGCCAGAAAAAAGAAUCCAAAGUUCAGCAGGUGAAGUUAAGAAUUAUCCCAGGUGGACUCAUUUUUACCUUCUCAGAAGGUGCAGGCCGUGGUGAAGUGUUCUUUGAUAUCAAUUCAAUGAUAUACUUUGAAGGACUUCGAUUUCAAAUGGUGCGUACAAAUGAAAAGAAGCCUCAUGCCAUGUUCGUGCCGUUGGAUGAAAGUAAAAUGACACAAAAGGAUCAGAAAAGUGCCUUUGUUUUGGACAAAAAUUUGCAAUUUCUUGCGCAGUUACAGCAUCCGCCAAUGCUAACUUGUGUAUUAAGACGACCUAAAGGAAUUAAAGCGUUAGACUGUCAUCUAUUUGUGUUUGAAAGUGUGAGUGACGUCACUGAAAUGAUGUCUCUGUUAUCAGGAUUACAAGCCGGUGGCGGGAAAUUACCGGAAAUUAGUGAUUUUAGACAAACUGAAACUAAUUUUAAUCGUGGUCAAAAAGGUGAUGUGAUUAGAACUGAAUAUGGUGAUUAUGCAAUUUACAGAGGCAAUCAAAUGGAAUUGAAAGACGAUUUUUUCCGUCCACGUGAAGAAAAUGGUGCCUUUGAUGAUCGUCGAGAUGGUCGACCAGAUGAGCGACAUGACGACAGACGUGAUGGCGGACGAGAAGAAUCCGAGAGAAAAGUUCACGACUGGGAUUACGAUUCGUCACCAAUAGAUAACGCUUGGAGAAGCGUCCAUAAGCAAUUUACUGAAGAUGAUAGGAACAAAAAUUUGGAUCCAAACACGGAUUAUCGACGUUCUGCUGAAUUUGACAAGCCGUUUGUAGCUCAUUCAAGAGACAGAUCUGGAGAUAGCAAUGACGGUCGAUAUAGUGGAAGAAAUCUUGGCGAUUCUGGUAGAUAUGAUGAAAGGCAACUACGUCCAGGUGCGAGUCCACACAGCAAGGUGCCCCCACCAGUUGCCCACAAACCAGCUAGUCCUAGACCAAUGUCUCCCACAGGGCAAAGGUUUGGAUACGGAGGACCACCACAAAGAGAUGACAGAAGAGACAAUCCAUACAAUCCAAUUUACGGUGGUGUUCCACCCGACCGUGGAAGCCAACCUGGUUAUGAGCGUGGUCGUCCUCUACAGGAUCGUGGACCACCUCCUCAUGAUCGAGGAUCUCGAUUUCAUGACCGUGGACCACCCCUGCAGGAGCGUGGUGGGCCGGUUUAUUCAGCUUCUAAUUUAGAAGGCAGGGGACCAGAUCGUAAUAGCAAAGUUGAUGAAGAACCUCCUUCCAAGCCAGUCGCGAAGGUUCCACCUCAUCUUGUCGCCGGUAUCAAAGUCCUUCCUACCAACUUCAACCCACAGGGAGUCAAAUUGAAACCAAGAUCCCCCAAUGUGGAGCAACAUCCAGACAAACACUUUGAGAAGCCGCAUUCAGAAGCUUCCGAUGAUGUAGAAUAUGAUAACGUUCUACAGAAAUUCGACAAAAUGAUAUCAGAUGAAUCCAGCGAUUACAAAUAUCCUCAAGGUCGACCAUCACAGAACGACAGAGAGAUUUACGAUCAAAAUAUCCGUAAAAACUGGGCGAAUGAGGAUCUGAGAUACAACCAAGAGUCUCCACGACUUGAAAAACGGAACUAUGGACCAGAUCACGGCCGUUACGAUCCACCAGAAGAUGAUCGAAGAUAUAUAGAACAAUACGAGUAUCAAAGACGCCAAACUAAUACUAGAGAAGAGUACUACGGUGACCCGAGACAGGAUCCCAAAAAUAACCCAAAUCGUUACAGCAUGCCUAUAUACGAUAGAGGUGAGCGAUCAUACGAAUCUCCCAAUCGCUGGUCAGGAAGCAACAAAUCUCAGUCUUCGUAUGAAAUGGGUGGUCGUUCACAAGGUCUACCUCCUGGUGUAGCGCCAGACAAUCCAGAUCAUAAUAAUCGUAAAGACGCUGAGAUCGCUAACAUGUUUGGCGGCCAUCCUCGUGAACAUUAUGACCAUUUCCCUUAUAAGCCAAUGCCACAGGCUGGAACAAAUUUUGAACAAUCAUUAGGAUAUUAUCCUUGA